AUGACAGUAGUUGGAAAGAAGGACAGAGAGUUGAGCUUGCUGAUGCAUCAGCAGAUGAAAAGGAUACACUCUAACUUCGACGUGACUAGCAUAUGUAAGCUUUUUCAAUUAUUUACCUUCGGAAAGUCGAAGCCAGUUCUUUUGAUAAAGAUGCUGUCCGAGACGUUCCUCAGGCGCCUGCAGGGGGGGGCGGCCAAGUCGGACGAGUCAGCUAAGUCAGUCCAGCCAUCCGAGUCAGCCGAGCCAUCCGAGUCAGCUAAGUCAGCCGCGCCAGCCGAACCACCCCUGCUGCCCUGGCACGUGCGCGAACUGGUGGCUAUUUUCUGCUUCUUCCGAAUCGACUCGAAGAAACACAUAAAGUCUAUCUUCCACCACUGCACCCCGUGGAUAGCAAAGAACGUGCAAAGGUUCACCCCCAAGGAUAUCACGAUCAUUUUGUAUAGCAGCGUGCAGCUGGGGAGGCAGGACCCCAUUAUGUUGAGUGCUGUGGUGAAGCAUGUCGCCUUUAAGGGGGACUCGUUUCAGUUUUUCCAGCUAGCCAUUAUCCUUAACUGCUUCGCGAAAUUGGGGGAGAAGAACAACAAGCUAUGCAGAGUUGUGUGUGAUCAGGUUAAAAGGAGGAUGCACAUGGCGCCCUCGCAAGGGGUGACCAGCUCAGAUGUUCACCCCAACGAAGUGGUCGAAAUAGGUCCCAUUGGUGUAGAAGCGGAUUGUGUGGCAAGUACACUCGGAGGUCCCGCUGCUAACGCACCAAGUGGGUGCGCAGUCGACCCUGAGAGGGACUCCACAGGUGUACUCAGGCACAAUGGGGGAAGCUCCACUGCGGGGAGAAGCACCUCUGAGGGGAGAAGCACCGCUCAGCGAAGAAGCACCGCUCAGGGGGGCUACCCCCAACCGAAAGACGUGUCCGUGCUGCUGAACGCCCUGGUAAAGCUAGAGUAUUACGACAACGCAACGUUUAACUGCCUGAUCCCCUUCAUCAUAAACAACGCUUCCAAGUUCUCCCCCCAAUCACUAAGUAACUUAGUUCACGCAUACUCUCAGAUGCAAAUAAAAAACACCCUAAUGCUGAACAAAAUUUCAGAAGAAUGUAUUAUUAAAAUGAAAAAGUUCAAAAAUAUCGAGAUGAGUAAUUUGGCUAGCUCACUUAUUAGAUUAAACAUAAAGGACAAGGUUUUGUUUACCUACAUGAUAGAUGAAUUUCUGUACAGAGCUACCAUUGGGGUGAAGUAUAAAGGGUAUCGCUUUGAUGUGGUUUCUUUGCAGCAGCUGGCCUACUCCUUUAGUAAGGUGGGUCUGAGUGAUGAGAAGGUCUACGUCGUCCUACACAGGUUGCUGCUUCGAAGCAUCAGGCAGCUUCGCAAAGGUGCCACCCAGGGGGCUCCAGCCGCUGCACUGGUGGGGGGAAACAGAGCUGAGCAUCGGGAUGGGAAGCGGGAUGGGAAGCUACCUGAACAGCCGCGCCGCUCCGAGGGAAGCAUCGUUCGGAGGGGACCCCAGUUUGACUUCCUCUGCCUGUCCACCUUUGUGAAUUCCUACGCCGCUGCAAAAAUGAAGCCAAAACACUUAUUCCACUUUGUGAGCUACAUCAUAAGGGAGAAAAAAAAAAAAAAAGAGUUACUAUCGAAUCAGUCCUUGUGCUGUCUAGUAUACGGACUGGCAAAACUAGGACUUCAAGAUCGGAAGAUCCAUCAGUUACUACUCAAGGAAGGUACCGAACGAGUAGACACACUGAAGCCAUUCCAGGCUGUACUUCUCCUGUACUCGUUUAGCAAGCUAAGAAUAUACUCACGUAUGUUUGUGAAGAGAGCAGUGCAGCUGUGCAGUCGGAAUAUCCACCAGUUGGCCUUGGCUGACUUAUCGUUAGCAUGUUACUCCCUGUCAAAUAUGCUCUGCAGAGAUGUGGUAUUUUUGUAUAAAGUCUCCAAAAUUAUUAUUCUUAAAAAUUACGAAUUGGAGAGGACCAACGUUUGUCAGUUGUUUAAUUCUUUUACCAAGUUGUGCUUCUUUUACAAGCCGAUUUACCAGUUGGUGUUCCAAAGAAUGGUGGUCUGCAUGCACGACUUGGGGGAGAAGGAGCUGGCCAACGUCGCGCUCUCCUUCGCGUACUACUUUCACGUGGUGAGGCUGUGCCUUUGCGAGGGGGCGGCGAAGGAGCGGUCGGAGGAGGAGCGAUCGGAGAAGCGGUCGGAGAUGGGGUCGGAGAAACGAUCGGAGAAGCCCCACUCGGAGGGCAGCCCCCCCCACGAAGACCCCCCAUCGGAGGGCAGCCCCCCCCACGGAGACCCCCCAUCGGAGCGCCACCUCGUGCAGACCCACCCAGACCUCUUCUUCAGAAACGAAUUGAACAUUUUUUUUAACCUCAUAUUUUUGCUAAACGAAAAGUACCGCCAAGAAAUAUCCAUCAUAAGCAUCCAGCAGCUGCAAAUAGUCGACCUCUACCUCAGAGCAUCCUUCCCCAAGUAUUACGAUUUCCCCAAAUUUUUAAAAACUUUUUUUGUUAAGGUGAGGAGUGUGAAGCUUCAAAUCGAUGACUAUCUAAUUAUGUCCUCGAAAACGCAUCGAAAUGUAUCCCGUUUCCUUAGCCUAGUUGGAGUUGCCCACAGGAGCGAAGUUCAGUUCGGUCCCUACCAACUCGACAUCGUGGUGGACUUCCUGCAGAAUGAAAAAAAAAUGAGAGCACUUUUCCCAAGUGGGGCAAUCCCCAGCGUGGAAGCUCACCCCAGAGUGGAAGCUCACCCCAGCGUGGAAGCCCACCCCAGCGUGGAAGCUCACCCCAAUGUGGAAGCUCACCCAAACGGGGACAUAAUUUACAAAACGAAAAGGUUGCAGGGACAGAACCUCCUCGCAGAAAGAAGCCAUUGCGAAAAACCAAAUACACACAACGUGGUGCAAAAAAAAAUAAAAAAAAACAUCGUCGUUGAAGUGGAUGGGAUUUCUCACUUUUACAAGGAGAGUCACAGUAGGACCAUCAACUCGAUUAUAAAAAAUUUCAUUUUAAAAAAAUGCGGGUGGCAUAUAAUACACAUCCCUUAUCAGGAAUGGAAUCAGUGUAUCGAUUUUAGGAGGAGGCUUCUAUACUCAGUUCAGGUGUUGCGACACAUAUUGCGCUUGAACAGGGAGGACAUCUCCGUGGGGGAUUUUCUUCACCUUUUGGAGGGACACACCCCUGUGAAGGGACAAACAUACAGGACAGCACCGGACGCACGCGUGCCUAACAAUGAGGAACACGUCACAUCUGUAGAAGCGGAAACAAGCAUUUCUAACCAUGGAGAGAUGAAGAAUGGAGCCGACCUAUUGGACACCCCUCACUUCUACACAGUCAGCGAAGAGGAGCUGUUCCGCAAUCAGACGAAGAACCGAAGCAGACAUCAAAAGGGAUUAAUGAUGAAGAUGCACCAGGACAACCAACUGAGUUACCACUUUAACAUG